AUGGAUUCUUUGCGAACGCCUAAAAAACCAUUCACCACCCCAAAUUCCAACAGCUCUCCAUAUCAUUCUGGGGAAAGAAAAGGACCUAUAAAAACAUCACACAAUAAUUCUUCCUUAAAAAUCCCUUAUCAACUAACCCUGGAUAUUUCUAGCGAAUCGGCAGGGAGUGGGGAUGAAAGUGAUAUAGGGCGCAAAAAAGUCGCCGUCUAUCCCAAACGAUACAAAUCAAUGUUCUACAAAGAGAAAACUCCUUUUGCUAUGAGACAAAUGGAAGCUUUGGAGGUAAAAAAAUCACAUCCUGGAAAGAUUCCGGUAAUUAUCGAACGACAUAAAAACGAAAAGAUUUUACCUAUCUUGAACAAGUAUAAGUUUUUGAUUCCCCAGGAGUUGACGAUUUCUCACCUUUUAGGAAUUUUAAGAAAUCGUAUAUCUAUAAAUUCCAUGCAGACUAUUUAUUUACUUAUAGCCGAUGGUAAAAGCAUGUGCAAUCUGAGCUGCCCUAUCGUCGAUGUUUAUCAAAAUUUUAGAGAUCCUGAUGGAUUCCUGUAUAUGAAAUAUGCUUCCCAGGAAUUUUAUGGCUAA